AUGUCAACGCGAGAUCGGCGCAGUCCCCGUUGUUACUCCGAGUCUCGAGAUGAGGAUGUUUUGGACGACUUGCCGUUUUCGACGCGUUUAGAGGAUACGCGUGCUCGAUGCUCGGCCGCGUCUGUCCCGGCAGCCGUGCAGAUGGAAACGGUCGAGGAGGCCCGGGCUCGUUCGGCAGCAUCCAGGAAAGCUGGGAUCGCCGAGAGGAAGAGGGCGGCUGAGAUUGCCGAGGGGAAGAGGAAAAUGUCUGCUCGAGACGAGGAGGCAGCCGAGGUCGCCAGGAAGAAGAAGGAAGCCGAGAUCACCAAAGAGAAGAAAGACGCGAUCGCCAAGGAGAGGAAGGCUUCGAUAGCCAAGGGGAAAAGGGCUGCUGAAAGGGCUGCGGUUCGGCAGAGAGAAAAGGCCAACCCCGGCGGUCAGGGGGAACUCGAAGCGAGCCGAAACAGCCAAAGGUGA